CUUUUUAGUGUCAAAUAUCAAUCAUGAAAUGCCUGAAAUAUGAAUAACCAUUUUUGCUUGAAUAUAGUUGAUUAUCUAUUUUUUGGUACGAAAAUAAAAUGAUGUGGCAACCCUGUGGCACUGAAAAAAAAUAUAAUUUUUUGGUUAGAAUUUUGGAUUCAAAAUUUCUAAUUUUGAGGCGGUCAAAGAUUUAAAAAAUGGAUAUUAAAAUUGAAAUAGAUUUUGUAGAAUGUGAGGAGACUGUUCUUUUUGAUUCACCCAGCAGUAAAGACAAAAAUGUUUCAGACAUAAACGGACAUUCAAACAUAAAAGGUGAGAAUAAUGAACUCAUUUCGGUACAGGAACAGCAUGAUUCUGAACUCCUUGAAGAAAUGGAAAAAAUCCUUGUAAAAACAGAAAACUUCUUAGAUAUUCCAGAGUAUUUGCCAAUAACCUCAGCUAUUGCUGAAUAUGAAUCUACACCAGUUAAAAUGGAGGAUAACGAAACUUAUUAUGAAAAUAACUUGAGCGAAAUCAAGGACGAGUUGAUUGAAAAAAAAGCCAGUUCAUGCUCUGACAUAUUAGAACAGAAUGAAAACAGAGUUAAAAAAGGUGGUUGGGGCUUCUCUGACAAUUCGAAGGAAGGCAUUAACGGACAUUCAGACUUGAAAGAUGAGAAAUAUGAAUUCAUUUCGGUACAGGAACAGCAUAAGUCUGAAAUUUUUGAGGAAGUAGAAAAAAUCAUUGCUAAAGUUGAAAACUUCGUAGAUAUCCCAGACUAUUUGCCAAUAACCUCGGCUAUUGCUGAAUAUGAAUCUGCAUCAGUCAAAAUGGAGGAUAAUGAUACUUGUUAUGAAAAUAACUUGAGCAAGAUCGAGGUCGAGUUAACUGAAAAAGAAGCCAGUUCAUCCGCUAUUCAAAUGGGAGUAGUUGCAGAUGUUUAUCAGCAACAUACGCAACAACAGUCGCAACGAAACAAACAAUCAACACAAACACGGCCAUAUUCAAAUGCUGAACGCCAAAGAAGGUACAGAGAAAAGAGAAAAGCUGAUAAAAUGAAUAAACGAACUACAUUCAGUCAAUCUAGCGAUGUUCAGCCACAGCAAGAACAACCACAAAAUGAUGUUGAAACAAAUAAACGUCGACCACAAUCUAAUGCUGAACGCCAAAGAAAAUAUAGAAAAUUAUUACGUGAACAACGACAGCAACAACAACAAAUGGAAAAUAUUAAUGGAAUUACAAUACUGAGUAAUACAUCACAUACAUCCAGUAUUGAUCAACUGCCAAAUGUUGACCAAGAAAAACUUGCACGAAAACGAUAUUUAAACAGACAACGACAAAGUAGGUUUAGAGCAAGGCAAAGAUUUGAGUUGUCUAGUACAUCUUCGCAUCAAUCAGAGGCAGAAAGUGUUGAUCAAGCCAGACUUGAACGAAUAAGACAUUUAAACCGACAACGACAAAUCAGGUUUAGAGCAAAGCAAAGAUUUGAAUCACCUGGUAAAUCUUCACAUCAAGCACAGGCAGAAAGAUAUUCAAGCUGAUGGAAAGAUUCAUACAGGAGAAGAACCGUUUCUCUGUAAUUUCUGCCCCGAACCUUUCGCUCAUAUUUUUGAGGAAACACGAGAAAUGUCGUAAAAAGGAAAAUUCAGUCAAUUUCAGAAUGGUCGAAUGAGUUCAAAAUCUUCACUCAAAAGUUCUUUCUGCUCAAUUCCAAGAAAGAAUUAAUUACAUGAAUGAAAAAUUUGUUUACAUUUUUUUUUGUGUAGGUCUGCCUUAGACUUCACACAGGAGAAAAACCUUUCAAAUGUGAGGUCUGUUCAAAAUUGUUUUCCCGCAAAUUUACCCUGAGAGUUCAAAUCAGGAUUCACAAAAAAGAAAAGCCGCACAAGAGUGGAGUUUGGUUAGAAGACAGUGAAGUGAAUAAAUGUGAAUUCUGUUUGAAAAUUUUUGCCACGAGUAGUAGCUUGACGAAUCAUCUCAGAAUUCGCAAAGGAGAAAAGCCAUAUGAAUGUGGAAUCUGUUCGCAGUCAUUUUUACCUAAAGACAUGAAACAUCACGGGAUAAACCGUACAAAUGUGAAAUCUUUUUCAAGGCGUAGCUGCUUGGUGAGACAUUCCAAAAUUCAUACAACAGAAAAGCAUCAGUGCAAAUUUUGUUCAAAAAGGUUUUCAAACAGCGGUUAUUUGGCAAAACAUUCCAGAAUUCACACAGGGGAAAACCAUUCAGAUGUAACAUCUGUUUGAAAUUUUUUUCCAACAAGAGAAACGUCAUGAGAAAGGUAUUGCAUAGCGAAACACAUGUUGCGGUUUUCUAAACUGUUCAGGGAAAUUCUCACAAUAAAGUGUUGUUUGGAUUUUUUAUGGAUGUUCAUGAAGUAUCAGCCAAUUUCAUUGUAUGUGAUCCAAUAGAUGAAUAAACUUAUCUGCCAAAAUGAAAACUAAUUCAAAACUCUUUGAGGUCUACCAUGCUGAAGAAAAUAUUAUCUGGUUUGGCAAUAUUAGCUAAAGAGCAAGGGAUUGUCAUUAAAAUUAAUUUUGAUAAUAUAA